CAGCUGUUCCAGAGUCAGCUCCUCUGCCAAAAAACAGGAAGCUACGGACACUAAACUGAGUUUGAGCUCCUGCUUUAGAACUGACCACAGUUCAGCGGAUUGGCAUCCGGGAUCCUCUUGUGACAGUCAGCUGAUCGCGGCCAGGAUGUGCAGAAACCUGUGAGCUCCGCUGUCUGACAACAAGAAACCCAUUCAUUGUUACUUUAAACCGGCAGGAAUGGCCACAAAUCCACCUAAGUUAAAGACUGCGAUUACUGCAAAUGAAAGGCUGCAAAACUUGAAAAAUGCAUUUGAAACAAAGUAUGGAGAACCUCCUCUCUUCUAUGCAUGUGCGCCAGGAAGGGUAAAUCUAAUAGGAGAGCACAUUGAUUACUGUGGCUAUUCUGUGCUUCCGAUGGCUAUUGAACAGAAUAUUCUCGCAGCUGUGUCAGUGAACAAUUCAGGGAUGAUCCAGCUGGCCAACACAAAUCCUCAAUACAAGGAUUUCACUGUGUCCUGUUCAGAGGACAUUGCCAUAGACAGGGACAAUCCAAAGUGGCAUUAUUAUUUUCUCUGUGGAGUUAAAGGCAUUCAGGAGAAGUUUGGGAUCUCUCGUUUAUCAGGGAUGUCGUGUGUUGUUGAUGGAACCAUUCCUCCGAGCUCUGGUCUGUCCAGUUCUAGUGCCUUAGUUUGUUGUGCUGGGCUUGUAACAAUGGAGGCAAACCAGAAGUCCCUGUCCAAGGUGACUCUUGCUGAGAUAUGUGCCAAAUGUGAGCGCUACAUUGGCACUGAGGGAGGUGGCAUGGACCAGUCCAUUUCAUUCCUGGCAGAGAAAGGAACUGCAAAGCUGAUAGAGUUCCAGCCUCUGCGGGCCACUGAUGUCAAGCUACCAGAUGGGGCCGUGUUUGUGAUCUCCAACUGCUGUGUAGAGAUGAACAAAGCUGCUUCUUCUCACUUCAAUAUCCGUGUUGUGGAGUGUCGAAUCGCCACAAAGAUGCUGGCCCAGGCGAGGGGUCUGGACUCGAGCGGGUUGUUGAAGCUGGCCGGGGUUCAGAUGGUGCUGAAGGCCUCCCUGGAGGAGAUGCUGGCUCUUGUGGACGAGGUGCUGCAUCCUGAGCCGUACAGCCGCGAGGAGAUUUGCAAGGUGCUGGGCAUCACCUCGGAGCAGUUUUCUACGGAGCUGCUCAGCGCUAAUACUCAGCAUGUGACUCACUUUAAGCUGUACCAGCGAGCUAAGCAUGUGUAUGGCGAGGCUGCGCGGGUGCUGCAGUUUAAGACUGUGUGUGACUCUGAACCUCCUGAGUCCAUACAGCUUCUGGGAGACCUAAUGAACCAGAGCCAUGCAAGCUGCAGAGACCUGUAUGAGUGCAGCUGCCCUGAACUGGACCAACUGGUGGACAUCUGUCUGAAGUCGGGGGCUGUGGGUUCUCGGCUGACAGGAGCAGGUUGGGGUGGCUGUGCCGUUUCCAUGGUCCCCAGUGAAAAGGUGGAGUCUUUCUUACAAGCUGUUAGAGAGGCCUACUACCUCCCUGAUCCGUGCAGAGCAGCGAUGGAAAAGCAAAGUUUGUUUGUAUCAAAGCCGGGUGGAGGAGCUGCAGUUUUCCUCGAAGAGUGAAAUGGAUCACACUAAUGCAAAGCUGUUUAUACAGCUAUGAAUCAAUUUCAAAUACACUGCUGCAGUGAAAUAAAUGACUUUUUGUUGUUUUGUUUUUUUUUUACAUUUUUUGAUUUGCAAAUGACUAGAUAGUACAAAAUGUAAACCUAAUUUGACCGUUAUAUGGAUUAUUCUGGAUUACAAAGGCCACUAAUUUACUUCAAUGGUGCAUUAUUUCUUAGAAAGGGAACAUAUGUUAAAAUGUGCUUUUUUAAAAUCAUGAAUGUAAGCGUUUUUUUGUAAUGAUUUUGUAUAGCUAACUGAUUGAACGCUAUUUUCUCAUAAAGAAAAAAAGAUGGCGAAUAAAAGAACGAUUACAU